AUGGGAGUUCUCUGUUUCGUACUGGACUUGCGAAGCCUUGCCCCGUCGUUGCUUCGAGAAUUGAAGCAGUCAUUGUUGCAGCUUGCGAACUACUAUGCAAUCUACAAUCCUCUUAGUAAUCAUAGUUCCAGAACUCAAUCCGAAGCGUUGCCUGAUCGAAUUGGCCUGUGCUAUAUCCUUACGAACCGAAUGACGUGUUCUACGGAGCUGAAGGUUGCCUACACUCCAAGAGGAAACUUUAAUCUCCGUGAUUUUCACCACGCGGUGAAUCAUUUGCCGGCUGAUGCGUUCAUUCCUGAGUUCAAUAGUUCUGGAGCAAUCUCGUUCGCUGAUUUCAAAAUUUCAAGUGUUCUUAGUGAUGAAGUUCUAUACUCAUGGGGGAAAUGUGAUAAUGGUGUUACAAGGAAAUUAUUUCUAAUAAGUUCCUGUGUGGUUCGGAUUCUGGACUGGGAUAUGAAAAAGAUUUUAAAGGAUGCCGCAGAUAAAUGUGUUUCUGUGGAGUUUACUUACAUUGAAUGCAAUAUGAACCAUUCAGGAGAUACCACUGAGAAUAUCAACAACUUUGUAAAGCAAAUUGGUGACCUAGAAAAUUGCUCAUUCCGCUCCUAUCUUCCAGAUCCACAUGUAUUCUCUGGUAUGGUGAAACAAUGGUUUCAAGAGUUGAAAGAUGAUAUGGAAGAACUACUUCAGACACGAUUCUGUUUCAAAUAUAAUCUGAUAAACAAUGUGAACCAGUUGUCGUGCAACUUGUAUAGAUGUUUUUAUGAAAUACUUGAUGGGUUCGUUUCCUGUAAGACUUGCAGGUGCCAUGGUAUUCCGAUGGAUGAAGGGAAUGUAAAUAAGAAAAAGAUUUCAUGCCCAGUUACCGGACGUGUUCUUGGAGAGUUGGAUUUGAUUGAGAAUUCUUUGAAAAUUGGAGAAAGUACAAUCUUGUUAAUGCCUUCUUUUCAGUGCUGUCAGAAGCUAGAGCAAGUAUCUUUUCCUAUUGAUUUCACUGUUGUUGAAAGAACCCCCAUAGGAUCACUAAGCGAAGGGGCUAUUUUCGGUCCUUCAUAUGUUGUUGCUGCAUCAACUUAUGAUGAGUACGAUGAUACAGACAAGUGGGAGAGAAACAGUCAACUUUUCCAGGUGGUGUGCGAGAUAUUAAGUUCCCUUGACCAGGGUUUGAUUUGCUCUUCCUACUGCAAUGUCCAAACCAUGGAGGAGACUUCAUUUCUCUGCUAUUAUGUCCUACUACCUUCAGAUAAAGGAAUGAUGCUUCUGCGGCGGCUUGUUGCAUCAGAAGAAAUUCUUCCUUUAUUUUGUGGAAAUCAAUUUACUUGCUCUAAAAUGGCCAAGGAAAUGGAGAACGUGGUUCACUCUUCCUUGCUUAAGAUGGAAGCAAGGACCUAUAAUCCGCUUCAGCAUGAAAGAGGCUUCCACCAGAAAUUAAACUUGCUUGUGAAAGAGAGUCUACAAUUUGGGGCAAUACCUCCAAUUAGACAAACACAUGGACUCUCUAGCUCAAACCAGCAAGAUUCAGAAGAGGUUUCAGUAUCAUCCCCAGCAGCUGCUUUGUCUUUGGCAGAAGAUAAUAUACCACAAUCAAAUAAUGAUAUUGGGAACAAGUGCAGUUCAGGCAUUGCAGAAGAAUGGGAACAGUUGAUGAUCAUUGACCCUCCCGACAUUCAUUCUCCUGUACCAGUCUCGAAGCCAAAGUUAGACUAUCCAGUUUCAUCCCAACUGCAGAGCAAUAAGCAAGUAGAUGAGAGAACCUCAAAAAUCCUGGAGAGGCUGGAAGUCCCAAAGGAGUUAAAAAAGAAAGCUGUUUCUCCCAAAACCGCAGGCAUUCCUUCUGCUGAAUCAUGCAUGUUGACAAAGAAGCCUCUUAUCCCGUAUGGACCUACUCCUAAUGAUCAAGUUACAAGAGCAAGUCAGCCAAUGAAGCCCAAUUUUUCAAAGCUUAAGAGGAAAAGAUAG